UAAACCGCUCCACACAUUUAUGGGUACGAAGUUGAAUCAAAAUACCGAAACCAUUUCUUGGAAGCUAGCUGACAGAAAAAAAAAGGUAACUCAAUAAAACCCUUUACAGGAAUACAGUACAGGUUUUCAAUUAGUUGGAGUCGCAGAUUAAGUAUGGCGUCUUCUUGAAAUGAAGCAGUAAUUAGAAUUCAGUUGUGAAUAAGUUACAUGUAGUCAAGAACAUCAGUGACUGCACUAUGGGAUCAAAACGCCAGACUGGGAGCUCCCUCGUUGGAUUUGAAGAUGAUAUCAAUUCUAUUGUUAAAGAGUAUUUGGAGUUUUGUACCUUCAGAACAACAUUGAAGUCUUUCGAGUUAGAAGCAAGAGAAAGAGGUAAACCAUUGAAACCGUUGCCACAGCGACCAUGGGACAUGAAGAAGAAGGAUCUUCAGUCCGAUCUACUCUCCAUGUUCAAAGUGGGUUCUCGGAAAGAGUUUUUUCUUCUAUGGGACUCAAACAUCCCAGAGAGUGUCAAGAGCAACGAUCCUGUUUGCAAGAAACUUGAAUUCUAUCUGAGCAUCUACUUUGCCAUCUACCCGAUCAAGUACCAACUGAUGACUGGAAAGAAGAGUAAAAUCAAAGUUGAAGAGUCCAUGCUUUCCUUCAAGACAUUCCUGGAAUCCCGAGGAGCAGUCUUGAGUCAAACGACAGAGUUUCUCCCCUUCUAUGCACUUCCUUUUGUUCCAGACCCGACUAAACAUCCAUCCUAUAAAGAACUUUUUCAAGACUCCUGGGUACCAGACCUUCAAGUCAGAUUGGAGAAGUUUCUGAUGUUAACGUUACCAGCUCAUCCACAGCCGAGACUCUUCGAAAUUUACCAAGACUUAAAUGACAAAAACUUGGAGCAGAUGAAUCAGAUACAGCAGAAUGUCGUGGAAGCUGAGAGACGCUGUAUGACGUACAUCAAACGUUAUAACAAACUACAAUCAGACUAUCAUAAUCUAAUCGGAAUAACUGCUGAGCUUGUGGACUCCUUAGAAAGCUGUAUCAAUGGAAGUCCGGUAACGCCAGAGUACUUACAAACUGUUUGCCAGAGAUUGUUUUCAAAUCAACUCCGAGAGUCUGUGGAUGUCAACAGACCUUCAACUGCUGGAGAGAUAAUCAGAGCUUCGUUUGCACAUCCAAGUCCAAUCCCAGAAGAGAGAUUCAGUAAAGAUGAGGUUCCAUUACUUCCAUCUCUUGAUUAUGAUCAAGUGAAGUUUGAUAUGAUCAACGCUCCAAAACGAAGACGAGAAUUACUCCUACAAGCUCUGAGAUGGCGCUUGACUCGCAGUGAACCAGGUGAACAGCGAGAUACUGUACUAUCGGCCUAUAUACAACAUGACCUACUAGGAUGUGCAGAAAUGAAUGAACACAGGAAAGCAGUAAUGGAUGCCCUCAUAGCUGGAGAUGACGUAACUCAACAAUACAUGGCCAGGUUAUUCAAUGCAUUUGCAUCUCUUGCUGCAGGGAGGACAUAUCUUGGUAAGAAUGAGAAGAUAAUUGAGGUACUUGAAGCAACUCUGCAAUCUGAGGAGAAAGAUCCCAUCACAAGAGAAAAUGUCCUCGGAGCAUUACAGAAACUCAGCCUCAAACGUCAUCUGCAGACUUCAAUGAUAAACACUGGGAUCAUCAGCUGGCUCAUUGGAGUGCUAGAGGAUAGCGAUUCCUUGUCCGAUUAUACAUUAGAAUACUCCGUUGCUUUGUUGAUGAACUUGUGUCUUCGAACAGCAGGGAAGACAAAAUGUAUCAAAGACAAAACCAAGAUGCUGAAGGUGUUGAGCGAUCUCCUGGGUCAUGAAGACCAAGAGAUCCGCCCAUAUGUAAAUGGCACCCUGUACAGCAUCCUUUGUGUUCCAGAGAUAAGAGAAGAAGCUAAAGCUAUGGGAAUGGAAGAGAUUCUUAAAUGUUUCAUCAAAGAUGACAGCCCAGAAAUGAAUCGGCAAAUUCAUUUCAUAAUCAAACAACUUAAUACAGAUGUUGUGACUGAUGAUGUGGAGUCUGAUGAUGAAGAAGAUGAAGAGCCAGAGGAGGACCAAGACCAAGACGCCAUGGAGGCUGACUUGGACAAAGCUGAAGCUGUUAAAGCUAAGCCAGGAGAACUAGCUGGAGAGAAGCUUCUCAGUACAGAGUACCUAGGGAUGCUGACAAACACACCAUUCCCAAAUCUUUCUGAUGAUAAGGGAUCUGCAAUGAAUGAGAAGCCGUUCUCAAGACCUGAUACUGGGAGCAGUGCCAUGGUGGACAUCUCUCAAGAUGUGUCGUUGGCGGGCAAUGCACCACCAGUUAAUGGACAGGUGUAUCGACCUCCUACAAGAAGUGGUAGUCGUAGUAGUCAUCAUUCUGAAGCAGCUGCCGCUGAAGGUGACUCGUAUGAGAAACCCCCGAGUGAAUUUGACAUAGAAAGAAGCAAGACAUUUUCUCGAUCUGCAGGGGAUCCCAAGCCUGAAGUGACGUCUGCUUCCAAACCUACAAAUGAAGCCAAAAACCCUUUCCCAAAGAGUGUGGACUAUGAUAAAGCAUUCAGUAGCAGACCUCGACUCACUCGGACACCUGACUCCACAAAAGGGCGACCUUUGACCCGGGGUAUGACCCCACCACCUGCUCCAAAGGUCUCCGGGUCACCCCCUCGGAUCAGGCCAAGUACAGGAGGCAGUAGACAAAUGAAACAGGUUACCAGAGCCGGUGCAUCAAACGGCACCCUUCCACCAGUAGAGAAUGUAGAACUAGAUGAUCGGGUCAUAGGUCGACCUGGUAGCUCCUCUAGCAAAGUUUCCGCUAUGAGUUCUGUCUCGCUUCCAUUUGCCAGCGAUUCCUACGAUCAUCCAUCCAGGCAGCAUAGUGGAUUGAAAUCGGUUAAAAGCGUGUCUUCGUGGAAACAAUCCGGUUCUGGUCGCAACUGAGUCGAGUCAACAGAAUACCAGAUAAAAAGAACCAAAGGUGAUGAGGGUGGAGACACAACAUUUUCCCAGGGAAAUGUUUUUCCGGAGAAAUUUUCCCAGGCUGUUAAAAUGACAUGAUGGCGACGCAAAACAUUUCCUUUUAACCUAGUUCUUGGAAGUCAUUCACCUCAGAAGGAACACAAUGUAUACAGGUACCUUUAAUUUUGCUGGGGUGUAAAAAUACUAGCUUCAGAAUUGUUUCACCUGUUAAUACAGACUUGAAUUUUUUUAUUUUUUUGGGGGGUGGGGGGGGGC